UGGAGAAUAUAAAGGCAGGUAUCUUCGUCUUCCUGUCUUGGUCUUCGCACUCCUCCAACCGGAAAGAGAGAGAGAUACAGCGUCGUCAUCUCUGACAGAGAGAGAGAGAGAGAGCGUUGCGCUUUGUGGGUGGUGCAUCGAUGUCGACGGGGACUGCGGUACAACGGACGCCCAGUCUGGCGAAGCGUCCUCCUCCCUCCUUCCGCCUCCGCAAUCCCAGCCUCAACACCCUCCGGCUUCGCCGGAUCUUCGACUCCUUCGACGAGAACGGCGACGGGGAGAUUUCUGUGGACGAGCUCCGCCGGGCCUUCGGCCGGCUCGGGCUGGAGACCGACCGUUCGGAGCUCAAGGAGGUGGUCUGCUCAAUCAUGGGGAUGGAGGCCAACGGGUCGCCGCUGUGCAGCCUCGAUUUCGACGGGUUCGUGGCAUUACACCGCUCGAUAGGCGACGGGUUCUUCGGAAGCGGGGGAGACGGCGAGGGGGAGUGCGAGACGGACGAGUCGGACCUGUCGGAAGCGUUCAAGGUGUUCGACGAGGAUGGGGACGGGGUGAUAUCGGCGCCGGAGCUGCAGUCGGUGCUGGGGAAGCUGGGUCUGGGCGACGGCUACGAGAUCGAGGGGGUGCGCCAGAUGAUAAAGAGCGUGGACCGUAACCACGACGGACACGUCGAUUUCCAGGAGUUCAAGAUCAUGAUGCGCAACGUCGUCGCUAAGAGCAACUGAUCACUCCGGAAAUCUCCCAACCGGAACGAGUUCCUUCCUUCGCCCGUUUCCUUUAACUCUUGGAUUAAUAAUCCCUUUUCAUCUUGCCUUCUUCCUUUCUUCCCCUGUUUUUGCCAAGAAACUGCGAUCUGAUCUUGUUCUGGAUCGGCUUAACCGUCGGCUGUUGAAAUUGAACCAUUCCAGUUUAUGAUUUCGUGUAACUUUGACUCUCUUCCUCCCCAAUUGAAUUCGUUUCUUCUGCCUCUCUUUCCAUGUUUUGUCAACUUAUGUAGCUUAUAGCUGCUCAAAUGUUACAUCAUUACAGGCGAAAUUAGUGUAUGACAUAAUGUUGACGAGGUAUGCAAACUGCUUAGACCCUUUUCUUGUUC